AUGUUUCGAUUCAAUUCGAAAACGCUUUUCCGCGCCUCGCCCGUCCUUCGGGUGUGGGCCGCGGAGGAGGACGACCCGAACGCGCCGCCGACGACCUUCAAAAACGUCAAGCCCGGCCGCCUGCUGCGGUUGUGGCGGCAGAUCCGCCAUCGCGCCUGGGUGAUGUUUGUCUGGGAUGAGGAGGUGACCUCGCCGAAUUCGGAAGGCUAUUUGCAUCAACAGCGCCUCGAACAGGUCUGCUUCGCGCCGCUCUCGGCGUACGGCAUGGUUCCCGGCAGCUACUGCGAUCCGUUGCUUUACAACACGAAGAACACGUCGCCUUUUCGAUGGCAUAUGGCGAACGUCUCGAGCGACGUUGUCGGGCAUUGGUAUAUGGAGGCGGAUGAGCUCUUCCGCAUCAAGGAUUGGAAGCCGAAGAACCCGGACGACCCUUUCGAGAUGUUCCCGCGGCCCCCGCAGCUUCGCCUGGAUUGGGAUGAAACCGUCGACAACCACGGCAACCGGACCUUUCGUUAUAAAUACAACUACGACUUCUGGGGUCCGACCGGGAAGUGGGAGUGCUACCCGCGCUACCCCUUCGCGCACCUCCACGCGAGCAGCCAGGAUCACCACGGCCGGGCGGAGGGCUACGGCUUCAAGCAAGGCCACCUCCUCCGCUGCAGCGAGGAGGAGGAGGAGGUCCUCCGCCGCAUCAUGGAGGAGGAGGAUCGCGAGUGGGAGAUGGUGAAGCGGACGGAGGUCGUGCAGGAGCCGUGGUCGUACCCGGGGAAGAUCCGCCCGCAAGACUUCCUCGGCGCGGUCGAGCGCGCGAAGGCGCGCUUCCGCGAGCAAAUCAAGCACGGGAAGGAAACGGACCCGAGCGAGGACCCCGACUACGACCUCGUGCAGGCGGGCGAGUUCGUGGAGCCGCGGGAUGGCCCGCGGGCGGAGUGGCGGCAUAUGUGGACCUCCAACCCCGACGCGGCGGGCGGCGAGGCCUACCAGGUCACCUUCAACGACGGAUUCCAAUUCGAAGACCACGAGGGCCGGCCCCCCGCGCACCCGGCGAGCCAUUACGAGCAGACCCCGAAGCCGCCGAGCUACACGAUCUACGCCGAGCAGGACGCGCGGGAGGCGCGCGCCGCCGCCGAGGCCGCGGAGGCCGCCCACGAAAAGUCCUUCCAGGAAGCGAUGGAGCGGCAUCGGGAGCUCUUUGGGGAGACGCUAGGCCCCCCAACGGGGCCGACCCCGGGGCUGCCCACCGGGUGCCCCCCUAUGAAAGACACCCCGUCGUCGCCCGAUGCGGGCAACCCCGCGACGGCGGCCCCGGGCGGCGAUAAGAAGCCCUAG